AUGGUCGAAACCAAUGUUCUAAUUCUCGAUAAUGGCGCUAGCACAAUCAAAGUCGGUUACGCUGGUCUACCCGAAACUUUACAACUCUUUCCAAAUUGCAAACUGACUCGUUCAAAAGGCGACAGAAAAAACUUCAUUGCAGACCAGCUAUCUUUCUGUGAAGAUUUUUCCGGCGUUCAGUAUAGGCUCCCAUUUGAAAAAGGAUUCCUGACAAACUGGGAAGUCGAAAAAGCUAUUUGGGAUCGAAUCUUUUCGGCAGAAGUGUUAAAGUGUGAUCCUCUUUCCACGAGCUUGCUUGUUACAGAACCUUGCUUCAAUUUACCAAAUAUUCAAAAGACAUACGAUGAAAUGAUUUUUGAGGUCUACGAAUUCAAAUCUGCGUGUCGUGUAAUCGCACCAUGGUUCUGUAUUCAAAAUGAUACCGGUAGCUUAUACGAAGGCCCUCUCUAUGAAGAACAAACCGACCAGCCGGAUUGCGUUCUAGUCGUCGAUUCUGGAUAUUCGUUCACGCACAUAGUACCAUUUGUAAUGGGGAGACCUAUUUUCCCUGCUAUUCGAAGAAUAAACAUUGGCGGCAAACUAUUGACAAAUCAUCUCAAAGAAAUAGUGUCUUUUAGAUAUUGGGAUAUGAUGGAUCAAACAUACGUAAUGAACGAAGUUAAAGAAACGUGUUGUUAUGUCUCACAAGAUUUUCUUGGAGAUCUUGAAACUUGUAGGAAAAACAUGAGAGAUAAUCCAAUACUUCGAGAAUACGUGUUACCCGAUUUUUCAAGGAACAAGAAAGGGUUCAUCCGGUUCAAGAAAUCGCGUGAAAGUAAUGCCAUAAAUUUCGCCGCAGCGUCCUCUUCGUCGUCAUCAACAACAAACAUAAUCCUACCAGAAGAACAAGCCUUAUUCAUGAACAAUGAACGAUUUUCUGUCCCAGAGCUAUUGUUCAAUCCAUCUGAUAUUGGUAUGAGCCAGGCAGGCAUUCCAGAAGUUAUCGUUGAAGCUAUAAAUGCUACUCAUCCAGAUCUUCACGGGUUAUUUUAUUCUAAUAUUGUGUUGGUGGGCGGAAAUAGCAUGUUUGCAGGGUAUAAAGAGAGAGUUGAAAAAGAUCUUCGUGUGUUGGCUCCUUCGAUGUACGAUGUACGUGUUGGGAUGCCCGAAGAUCCAAUAUCCUACGCAUGGCACGGCGGCUCAAAAUUCGCCCGUACAUCAGAAUACCGCGAGAAAUUGGUAACGCGGCGCGAAUAUUUAGAGUACGGGAGUAACAUCUGUUUACGACGGUUUGGGAUGGGAGAGGAGAUUGCAGAGAUCGAUGAUUAA